AUGGGCGAGAGGAUGCGUGAGGAUGAAAGACGGUUAAUGAGGGUGGCGACGGGGGGAGAGGAGGGGGAGGACGGAGGGAGAGAGUCGACCUUCGCCAAGGAGUUUGCCUUUUGCUUCCACCUUCCUCAACACAAACACGGCGGGAAAGCCUUGCGAGACGGUCGAGAGAUGACCGUUUGCGCGAUUGCACACGCCGCCAGCUUACGCCAGGCUUCUUCUUGUCCCCCCUGA